GAUUUGACCAGAAGAAGCCUCGUUUUGUACAUCGUCAUUAAACUCAGCAGUGAAAUCAGAUCUUUCCAGAAAGAGCCGCAGAUGGUGACCUUACUAAUCUAAUUAAUCAGCCUCUGGUUAUUUUUUCUUAUUCUUUCUAGUCACCUCUGUUCUCUAGUUUAAUUUCACCUUUCCUUCUCUCUGUCUCGGUCUUUCUGCUUUGUGACCCCUCUCUGCCUUUAAUUUCUGAAACCUCUGUCAUGUGUUUGGACAGAAAUGUGCCAUGCCAUGCACCUCAUAACACAUCCAUCCAAACCUCAGUGUUGUGGCUUGAAUAGCUGUUUUUAGGGUCCUAAUUAGAAGAAAAGUAACACAAGCCACUGCAGUGCAUAGAUGCCUCUGAAGCAGAAUGGAGGAAUGGUAGUUUAAGAGCAACCUGCUACCAGUGACUUUACACCCACCCACACGCAAACCUUGGUGGUUCAAAAAUCUGUGAACAGAUUUUGAAGUCUUUACUAGUCCUGGUGGUUCAACUGAGCGUCACGUUUGCUGCUUGUAGGUUUUUAAAGAGCCAGCCGUCAAGCAGCAGGGAGGGGCCCCUGCUGAAGCGCAGCAGAGUGGGCAGCUACAGUGAAGCUCUGCGCUAUCCGGCACAGUGAGUCAGCUGAGCUGCAGGGAUCGCAGGCGCCGGGCAGUUUCGAUCAAUGAAUGAAUGAAUGAGAAAGAGCGAGGAGACCAUGCAGAAUCUGGAGCCAAAAAAAGUGAAGAUGCAUCGCUGUAGGCUAUGACAUGGAAAUGCGGAGGUGAUCGGAGCAAGCUUGUUGACGCAUAAUCCCGCCCGCCCCGCUGGCACUGGGAGGGGAAAAUCUCGCCUGCCUAAACUCCAAUCCUCCAGAACAGAUUUACGGAGUGCGCCCGUGCUGCUGCUGCUACUUCAGGUUCAACCUACAAGAAGACGUUUAUUGAAAUCAUCAUCAGCUCUAAGCUGCAGGUUUUCCGUGCUGACAUUUUUGGGAGAUACGCGUUUGAAGAGUUCCCUGAGGCAGACGCACCUAUGACGCGCUGCAAUAAUUAGGCUAUUAAAUCCACUGUUGGAGUCGACACUGUCACUGCGUUGCGGACGGUCGGUCUGUUGGAUGCCACCCGAGGUGUGGACAGGACCUGCCCCGUGCACCGUCGUCAUUACAGGUAUUUGAUCGCGAUUGUGUUGAUUACACCGGAGAUCUGGAGCCAUGACAGGCCCCCCGCUGGUCCCACAGCCCGCCUGCUGACGGUACCGGGCAGGAUGGGAGCAGGUCUGCCGCUUUCAGGAUUUCGAAUCAGCCGAUUUUUCAAUGGAGGAGGAGAGUGACACCCGGAAAAUCAACAACAGCUUCCUUCGCGACCACAACUAUGCAACCGAAGCUGACAUUAUCUCAACGGUGGAGUUUAACUCAUCGGGGGAGCUGUUGGCCACUGGGGAUAAAGGAGGCAGAGUGGUUGUCUUCCAAAGGGAGCAGGAGAGUAAGAGUCAGCCCCAGCGUCGUGGGGAGUACAAUGUUUACAGCACAUUCCAGAGCCAUGAGCCAGAGUUUGACUACCUGAAGAGUUUGGAGAUUGAGGAGAAGAUCAACAAGAUCAAAUGGCUUCCUCAGCAGAAUGCAGCAUAUUUCCUGCUUUCCACCAACGACAAGACAGUGAAGCUGUGGAAGAUCAGUGAGAGGGAUAAGCGCCCUGAAGGCUACAACCUGAAGGAUGAGGACGGACGGAUCCGAGACCCAUCCACCAUCACCACUCUACGGGUGCCGGUGCUUCAGCCUAUGGAUUUGAUGGUCGAGGCUACAGCCAGACGGGUGUUCAGCAACGCCCAUACCUACCACAUCAACUCCAUCUCUGUCAACUCCGACCUUCAGACCUUCAUCUCCACCGAUGACCUUCGGAUAAACCUGUGGAACCUGGAGAUCACCGACCGCAGCUUCAACAUUGUGGACAUCAAACCAGCCAACAUGGAGGAGCUGACGGAAGUAAUCACCUCUGCAGAGUUCCACCCGCAGGAGUGUAACACCUUUGCCUACAGUAGCAGCAAAGGUUCAAUACGCCUCUGUGACAUGAGACAGGCCGCACUCUGCGACAAACACUGCAAAUACUUUGAGGAGCCAGAGGAUCCAUCCACUCGUUCCUUCUUCUCUGAAAUCAUCUCAUCCAUCUCUGACGUGAAGUUCAGCCACAGCGGACGCUACCUGAUGACAAGAGACUACCUCACUGUAAAGGUGUGGGACCUUCAAAUGGAGAACAAGCCGCUCGAGACGUACCAGGUUCACGACUAUUUACGGGGUAAGCUGUGUUCUUUGUAUGAAAACGACUGCAUCUUUGACAAGUUUGAGUGCGUCUGGAAUGGAUCAGACAGCGUCAUAAUGACCGGCUCUUACAACAAUUUUUUCCGAAUGUUCGACCGAAAUACCAAACGCGAUGUCACGCUGGAAGCAUCCAGAGAGAACAGCAAACCCAGAGCUAUUCUGAAGCCUCGCAAGGUGUGUGUAGGUGGGAAGCGGCGUAAGGAUGAGAUCAGCGUCGACAGCCUUGACUUCAGCAAGAAGAUCCUUCACACGACGUGGCACCCACAUGAAAAUAUCAUUGCUGUAGCAGCCACCAACAACCUAUACAUCUUUCAGGACAAGGUCAACUAAAGGGCAGCCUGCCCCCUGCUGACCCCUGACCCUGCACCUGUAAGGGGCUGCUGUCUUGAAUUCCCCAACUCUGCUGAUGAUGAUCAGAGUAAAAGUAUCCAGUGACUAAAGUGGGGGAAGUGGACAGCACAUGUUUUAGGAAGCAACAACUUGAUUCCUUGAAAUCAAGAAUGAACUUCUUCAAUUUGACUUAUAAUUUAAUUUAUUUAGCCAUGCGGACACCCGAAGAAUUGUUUCCCAUGCGUUUAUGCAACAAGAGGAUUGCUACCAUCACAUUAUGACGUAGCAGCACUCUGGACCCUAAGGACAGAGGCAGAUGUGGGCACACUGAACAGAAAAUAGAGCACACUGACAGAAACCAGGCCUACGUGAUGGUGGCUCACUGUCAUGUAGCAACAGUGCCCCCUGUCUUUCGGUCUUCUCAUGCUGCAAUGCAUGUGAUCAACCCUGCAGCCUCUACGUGAGGCAAAAUUCCUGAACAGCGCAAUGUGCUGCAGAAGAGGAAAAGACUGUUAAUCUCUGACCCGCAGAAACUGAGUUCUCGCUGCCUGUGACACAACACACUCAGUCUUUCUAGUACCAAUCUCAUGUCUCCUUGUGAGACUGCUGUAGUCUGUAAUGUGAAUGAAGCCCUUCCAGGCUGUGUCAUUGGGUUUUAUUUAACGCUUUUGUUUUUGUUGAGUCCUUCUCUCGGUCAAUGAGUCUGUUUAGAAGCUGUGGUGCCUUCUUUUGGUAUGUGGGGGUUCGAUGUAGUGGAAGGGAGGGGAGGGAAGGGUCGGGUGGGGAGGAGGGGUAAUGGCUACAAGGAGGGAGUGUGUGAAUGUUUCAAAUGAAAUGUUAACUUGGGAUUUUUUUUGGUUCUUUUUCUUUCUUUCUUUCUCUCUAAAGAAACAAACACACACAAAAAAAGCUCCACACAGGUCCCAAGUAGAAAAAGUGCUUGAAUCAAUGUAGUCACAAUUAUACAUUAGAGCACUGGUUUCAUGCUUGUGAGCUCAGGGGAGAAUGCUGUGAUAUGUACAAAGUAAUUGUUGCUCUCACCUUGCAAGUCAGUCUGAUGUUGUCAGUUUGCAAGAGACACAAACAAAGUCACAUUCAUUUCUAAAUUUCUUGCCACAUUUUCUCUUUAUUUGGAUAGUACUAAAAAUGAUCUGUAGACGGUAGAUUGGUCGACUCAUCGUGUUGACAUAUUGAAUUUAAAACUUGAGAUUUUCUUGGCCUAACAAUGCUAGCAUAGCUUUUUUGUUUCUUUGCAUGUGUUGGAUCUGAUUCUGAUGAAACUGACAGCCUGCGUAUAGCUAUAUUUGAACAUCUGCAGAUCAUCUGGGGCACUAUUCAGUUUUUUUAAUAUAUAUAUUAGAUUGCUGCAAUGCCUUUCCAUGUUUCUCAUCAAGCUGAAAAUGGGUAACAUGGAACAGUAGCAGAUUGUCUUUCAGCACUCGGCUCUUACCGGCCAACUCCCGUAAAGCAAAGCAGUCAAAGGUCUAAGUGAACUCUGUGAAAUCAGGGAAUAAUUAAGUGUGAUUCCUUUAAACAGUAAUGUCUUCUAAACAACCUCCUUUGUGACACUCUAAUUGAAAAAAAAAAAGACUUUUAUAGCUCAGAAUGUAUUGAAAUGCAAUGAAUGCAGACCAUGCAGUCUUUAUGCUUACUGGACUUUCUUUUGAAUAAAAAAAAGAAUAAAGAUGUGCAAGUUCAAAUCA